GACAGAACUGUGCAUCUCUGCUCCGUGACAUGGUGCAACAGGCAUGAACACAUCGCUCUCGGCUGGCAGCACCGGCAAGGAUGGAGUUCUACAGCACUGCUUACUAUCCCACCUGCAGAUUAUGGAGGGGCUGGCCCCUGCUCUGCCUGUAUCUGGCAUGUUACCAAGAUGCAAUAACAGCAUUUUCAGUCUCGGCUCUGUAUUCACAUAUUACCUGCCCCGAAGGUCAGAAUGUCAACCUCACAUGCACUGUCAGUGGCCACGUGGCUGAUAAGCACGAUGUCCUGUUUUCUUUGUGGCAUUUCAGUAAGGACAAAAACUCAAACUGCCUUGAGAGGAGGCACAUACAGAACACAACUGAGCGAGACCACCUCCACAAAGAGCAUUUGUCACACAGUAUGCAUAAUGGAGCUUUCCAAAUAACGCUCACAAAUGUGUCCCAGCAGGACAGUGGUGGCUACUGCUGCUAUGUGAUAGAGGCCAGUAAAAAGCAUCACACCAGGCAUUACAGUUAUAUAGAAUUUCAAGUGAAAACUGAUGACCUGAAUCUUUAUACCUGUAUGUUUCACUCGCCCACUGAAGGUGACAACAGCAGCACAGCAGCAGCACUAGCUAUAGUUUCCUGUGUGAUUGGAAUUUUGUGUAUGCCUCUCAUAUUAUUCCUGGUUUAUAAACAAAGGAGAGCAAUCAGCCACAGACGAGCGCAGGAAUUAGUCAGGAUGGAUAGUGAAGCCCAAGGCAUUGAAAAUCCUGUCUUUGAUGACCCUCCUCCUGCAAAUGUUGUGGAGCAGAGACCAAGAUUGGCUUUCAUGGCCAGUCGUCAGCAGUCAGAAUCUGAUCGCCAUCUCCUUUCUGAACCCAACACCCCUCUUUCUCCCUCCUGUCCAAAUGAAUGCUUCUUCCCAUCUCUAGAACCAGUUCCAGAUUCUCCAGACCCAGGAAAUGUUUAGAGAACUAUACACAACAAAAUAAACUGCAAUAAAUCUGGAGGAAGACCAGUAAUAUGGAAUUCUACACAGUGCCAAAUCAUCAUGUUGAAUGCCUGGUUUUCUGCCUGGCCAAAAUGCAAAGAAUAUAGAAACACAUGGGAAUAGGCUGACAAGCUGGAUGGCUGGGUCACAUGCAGGGCAGUUGUUCCUAUAAAAAAUAUUACCCACUUUGGACCAAAACAUUUUGCAAAUGUGAUAAAAUGGAUUUUUCAAUUGCAUAAAAUGGAAAUGCAGGACAAUGUCAUGUCAAUUUGCUUCAUCUUUUUUAUAAUGUAGAUAUCUAAAUUUUAAGUUUAAUAUCUUAAAAUGUUUUCAAAUGCUGUAACAUUCAAUGAAGUUUUUGCCUUUUAUUUCUUUUACUUUGGUUUGCUUAGAGAAAGCUUAAAGAAAGCUUAAAGAAAAGUAUGAGAACACAUAUUUAACAUUUUCAUAAGAGACAUUUCUGAGCGUGCCUCUAUUCUGUAUCUAUUCUGUACCAGUACCAAUGCCUAAACACACUUCUGGCUUAAAGUACAAUCAUGGGAACUUUUGGAGAAUGAUUUCUAUUUUAGCACAGAAGCGGUGCUCUCUCACAAUGUGAAAAAUAAAUAUGACUACCACA